UUCUAUUUUAACACUCCCUGACGUUAGCAGACUCGAUAACAGUAUUGUUUUUCGACAUUCUUUUAAAGUUUCCUUUUCAUUUGUGAACUUAUUUCCCGACUUGUUUUCUGAGGAGAAAAAAACAUCUCAGUAAAGUUCACAAUGGGUUCGAGCUCUUCAUCCUAUGCUCCUAAAACCGUGUACCUGGAUGUAGAUGGAAAAGUUCAGAGGGUCAUUUUCAGUCGACACUGUAGUCCGUGCGACAUCAGAGAGUUGCUUUGUACGUCGUCCAACAUCACCAGAAACACCGCAAUACUUUUAGUAGAUUCAGAGGGAGCGCUGAUAUCUAUUGACCCCACCAUGCCUACAAACACGCCUAACAACUUGUAUAAAGUAAUGCCCCAUUCCAGUCAAGGAGGAGAAAAAGAAGACAUGUUCCAGAACGUUCUCUCUCAGGUGGCAGAGCAGUUCAGUCGGGCUUUCAGGAUAAAUGAGCUAAAGACGGAGAUGACCAACAGACUGGCCAUGCUGGAGAAGAGGGUCGAACUAGAGGGCCUCAAAGUGGUAGAGAUUGAGAAGUGUAAGAAUGAUCUGAAGAAACUAAGGGAUGAGGUGACCUCUAGAGGUGGAGCAAGGGUGAACUGCAACUGCAAAUACAAUUUCACAGACGACGGAAAGAAACUCUCUCCCAGACGUGACGUUCCAAGUUACCCAAAGUACACACUUUCCCAUGAGACUAUAGAGACUCUCAAGAAGCCCACAUUUGAUGUAUGGCACUGGGAGCAUAAUGAGAUGCUAAGCUGUCUGGAGUACAUGUAUCACGAUCUUGGCCUAGUAAAGGAGUUUAACAUGAACCCCAUCACCCUUAAGAGGUGGCUGCUGGCGAUCCAGGAGAAUUACCGCGACAACCCGUUCCAUAACUUCCGCCACUGCUUCUGCGUCAGUCAAAUGAUGUACGGAAUGAUCCACUUGUGCAACCUCCAGGAGAAGCUGACUAUGACCGACAUGUGCAUUCUGAUGACGGCAGCGGUGUGCCACGAUCUCGACCAUCCAGGAUACAAUAACACGUAUCAGAUUAACGCUCGGACCGAGCUGGCUGUACGCUAUAACGAUAUCUCCCCCUUGGAGAACCACCACUGUGCGGUGGCCUUCCAGAUUCUCGCCAUGCCGGAGUGCAACAUUUUCGCCAACAUCGAACUUGAGUCAUUCAAACAAAUAAGACAGGCCAUCAUUACUCUUAUUCUAGCCACUGACAUGGCCAGACAUGGCGAGAUACUAGAUUCCUUCCGGCAGAAAGUGGACAACUUUGACUUCACCAACGAGGAGCAUGUCAAAUGUCUGAAGAUGGUCUUGAUCAAAUGUUGCGAUAUCUCCAACGAGGUUAGACCGACCGAGGUGGCCGAGCCAUGGGUGGACUGCCUGCUUGAGGAGUAUUUCAUGCAGAGUGACAGAGAAAAGUCAGAAGGUCUUCCUGUUGCCCCUUUUAUGGACCGGGACAAAGUAACGAAGCCGACGGCGCAAAUCGGCUUCAUCAAGUUUGUUCUCAUCCCAAUGUUUGAGACAGUCAUGAAGCUAUUCCCUCAAAUCGAGGAGAUCAUGGUGCAGCCAUUGCGAGACUCUCGUGACCACUACGAAGAACUGAAACAGAUCGACGAUGCCAUGUCUCAAGCCCAGAAGAAGAAAACUGAGAGCAUGUCAUUAGGAGGAAAGAAGAAAUAGACCCGAACUUCUAAUUCCUCGUCACUAAAAGAAAAGAUCAUCAUAAACAGAAGACUCAUGGCCAGAUGAUCUAGGCUGUCUUUGUUCUGGUGUCCUAUGUGCCCUUUUCCUGUGAUGGCAUGAGCUUCUCCUGCAAGUCUCACCCGUUAAGAGAGGACAGAUUUCUCCACACCACAUAGAUAUAGUAAGACACCAGAUGUGAGAGAAGCCUUAAGAGGGCAGUGAAUUCAUAGUGUUUGAAGAUUCUGCAGCACAUUUGAUACGGACGGUAAGGCUGAGAGAAUGUAGCAGGAGUGAAAACUCAAUCACCAGC